AUGAAUCCAAUAACAAAUCAUCAACAAUCUAGAAAUAACAGUACCUCCUCAAAUGAAACUGUUUAUAGUUCAAAUGAAAUUGAAGAAAAACAUAUAAAAUUUAAUAAUAAUGUUGAAUUUGAAAAACAUACAAAUAAUUAUGGAAUAAGAUUUACAGAAAAUUCAAUACCUGAAACUCCAGCAGAAAGUAUAAAUAACGUUAAUAAAAAUUUAGAUUCAAAAGAAUUAGCUGAAAAAUUAGGUGAUGCUCAUUUCAAUCAAUUACAAAGUUCUCAAAUUAUUAUUAUAUUAUGUACUUUAGGUUUAGCUAAUUUUGUAAGUUUUGCUGAUCAAACUGGUAUAACUGUUGGAUUAACUGAAAUUGGUAAAUCCCUUGAUGCUCAACAAUCAAUAAAUUGGGCAGGUUCUGCUUCUUUAUUAGCUAAUACUGUUUGUCAAGUUUUAUUUGGUAGAUUAUCUGAUAUAUUUGGUAGAAAAAAUGUUAUAAUGACUUGUCUUAUGAUAUUAUGUAUUGGUGAUAUUGCAUGUUCAGUUGCAAGAAAUGAUGUUGAAUUUUAUGUAUUUAGAGCUUUAGCAGGUAUUGGUAAUGGUGGUGUUUCAAGUUUAUGUAUGGUUAUACUAAGUGAUAUUGUUUCAUUAAAAGAUAGAGGUAAAUAUCAAGGUAUAUUAGGAUCAACUGUUGGUUUUGGUAAUGCUAUUGGUCCAUUCCUUAUGUCUGCAUUUAUUAAAAGUUCAAGUUGGAGAAGUUAUUAUUAUUUUUUAGCACCAUUAUCAUUUGUUGUUAAUAUUGUUUUAUAUUUUUCAUUAAAAAAUAGUAAAAAAUUAGAUGAUGUUUUAACAAGAUCAGAAAAAUUUAAACAAAUUGAUUAUUUUGGUAUAUUAACUGCAACUAUUGGAUUAACUUUGAUAUUAGUUCCAUUAAAUGGUGGUGGAUCAACUUAUGCAUGGAAUAGUACUUUAGUUAUUGUUAUGUUUACUAUUGGUGGUAUAUUUAUGUUUAUAUUUUUAGGAGUUGAAUGGAAAAUUGCAAAAUUACCAAUGGUUCCAUUAAAUUUAUUUAAAAAUAUUUCAUUAUGUUUAAUUUAUGCUGCUACAUUUUGUUUUGGAGCUACUUAUUAUAGUUUUACAUAUUACUUACCAUAUUAUUUUCAAAUUGUUAAAGGUAAAGAUGAAAUUCAUACAUCAAUAUUUUUAUUACCAUUAGUUUUAUGUCAAGCUGGAUUUUCCGUUGUUGCAGGUCAAAUAAUAACACGUACUGGUCAUUAUGGUUACGUAGUUAUGAGCGGAUAUGUUCUUUGGUGUAUUUCAUGUGGUUUAUUAGUAUUAUGGGAUCAACAUUUACCAGAUGGUAUAAAUAUUUUAAUAUUAUUAAUUAUGGGUUGUGGUGUUGGAUUUUCUUUUCAACCUUCAAUGGUUGCAGUACAAGCUCAUUGUAAAAAAUCAGAAAGAGCUGUUGCUAUAUCAACAAGAAAUGUUUUAAGAUCAUUAGGUGGUUGUGUUGGUAUUGCUAUUGGAUCAGCCAUUGUUAGUAAUUCAGUUUUAAAUACUCUCAAUAAUUUACCAUCAACUACAUCAUUAUCACAAGAUACAAUUGAUUAUAUUAAAACUCACAUUUAUAAUAAAAUCAACACAUCAACUUUAUCAAUACUAGAAACAAAUGAAAUUAAAACAAUUUAUUCAAAUGCAUUAAAAAACUAUUAUUAUUUUUUAAUUCCAUUAAUGGGUAUAGCUGUAAUAACUACUAUUUUCGUAAAAGAUAAUGGAUUAUGUGCAAUUGAUGAAAAACCACCAACUAAAAAAAGAGAAGAUUUGGAAUCAUCUGCAAGUUCGAUGACUUUAAAACCUUAA